CAUGCGCCGGAGAAAGCGUGACGCCACGGGCUAAACCUUGUGAGUUUUCUGGGCAACAUCUGAACAAAGACCUGCCCCUUUUCACGAGGAUUUCUCUACCGCCAUCGUUACUUUACGUGUAAUCACGAUUACUAAAUCGGAUUACGAUACUUUUAUCAUAUUUCCAGGGGGAAAUAACCGCACAGGUAGCGUCCGAAAUGGAUGUGGAUCAGCAUGAAUCCAGCGGUGAGACCAAAUCGGCCAUGCACACUUGGCGUUAUCGCCACCAUUUCACGUACAAGGCAGAUCAAGGAAAAAAUAUCAUCGUCCAGUGUAAUCUAUGCCUACCGAGGGUAAACCUGCUGUCCACGUCGAAAACGUCCACGUCAAACCUAAAGAAGCAUUUAGACAGAACACACCUGGGCUGCGAAGCCAGUCCCGACGCCAAGAGGGGACGGAAGAAGGAGGAACGCAACGGCGAGGAGAGCAGGCACUGCCAGCUCAAGAAGCUCAAAGCAGAGAUCAUCUCCAAAUGCAUGACUCAAGCCAAGAUUGAUGAUCUGAUCUUCAACUUCAUUGUGGAGGACUGUCAGUCGUUUUACGUGUUGGAGCAGCCCGGCUUCAGGAAGCUGAUUGCAGGCUUAACGGAGGGGCUCAAGUCCAUGGACAGGGUGACCUUGUUUACGAAGGUCGACCAGGGCUUCUCCCGGAUGCGGGAGGAGCUGAUGGCGAAGCUCAGCAGCAUCCAGUACGUGUGCACCACAGCCGACAUCUGGACGGCCCACAGCCGCAGCUUCUUCGGCAUGACGUGCCACUGGAUCGACCCCGACUCGCUGGAGAGGAAGUCCGCCGCCCUGGGCUUCGCGCGGCUCCAGGGCCGGAUCACGUACGACGCCAUCGCCGGGCGCAUCCACGACGUGCACGCGGCGUACAACAUCGAGAGCAAGGUCCAGACCACGGUCGCGGACAACGGCAGCCCCUUCGCCAGCGUGUUCCGGGAGUUCGCCGCCGACGGCCAGGAGAGCGAGGACGACAUCGGCUUCUACGAGAACGUGAGCGGCGUGCUGGAGGGCGAGCCCGAGCAGGACAUGCUGCUGUUCCUGCCCGCGGUGCAGCGCUGCGCGUCGCACACCCUGGAGCAGGUGGUCACCGAGGACUUUUGGCAGGCGGUGUCGCAGGGGCCCAUGUGCCAGCUGCACUACAGCGCCAUGGCCAAGGUGUUCGCCGUCUGGAGCAAGUGCCACCACCUGCAGGUGGGCAUGGACGCGGCCGAGGAGAUCGGGAAGAUGGCGCUGGUGGUGCCCGGCGUCAUCCGCUGGAACGUGGAGUACUGCGCCGUGCAGAAGGUGGUGUCGCUCAGCGAGCGGGAGCUGACGGAGCUGUGCGCCCGCCUGGAGGUGCCGCGCCUGCAGCCCGAGGAGACGGCCUUCCUCAAGGAGUACGUGGCCGUGUUCCACCCGCUCGCCUUUGCGCUCGAACUCUUCCAGGCGGAGCAGAAGUGCUACCUGGGUCUGGUCAUCCCCACGGUGCUCAGCCUGAAGAACAAGCUGAACGAGCAGAAGGCCGCCGCCAAUUACCUCAGCGACGUCAUCAGCGCCAUCGUGGCGGCCAUCGACGUGCGGUUCCAGGAGCUGUUCGCCAGCACGGAGGCCAGGAUCGCCACGGCGACCACGCCCCAGUUCCGCCUGUGGUGGAUGGCGGCGUCCGAGAGGGAGGAGAUGUGCUCGCUGCUGGCGACGGAGGCCUCGCAGAUGGACCCCUGCAACGUGGCCGAGGCCGACACCAGCCGGAACCUGUCCACCAUCGAGUCGGAGGACGACUUCUUCAGCUACGGGCCGGUGAAGCCCGCCGCGCAGCUCCAGCAGCGAGGGGUGAUGGAGGAGGUCCGCAAGUACGUGGAGGGGACGGGGAAGAGCCUCGAGUGCCUGCAGGACUUCCCCAGAGUGAAGCUGCUCUUCCUCAAGUACAACACCACCCUCCCGUCCACGGCGCCCGUCCAGCGCCUCUUCAGUCAGAAGGGCAACCUGGUCACCUCGCAGAGGAACUUUCUGACGGACGACUACUUCGAGCGCGUCCAGCUUUUGAGGUACAACAGCAACGUGUGCUCUUUGGCCACUGAGUGAACCCUUCACCGGUCGCUCCUUUUAUCAGCCUUUUUAACUGAUGCUACAUCAAACCGCCUUGUGCUAAGAUCAUGACAGACAGACUCUGAGUAAUAUUUCAUUUCAGGCACCUUAGACCAGAUGUGUUUUUGAUACUCCUCCUUUGGCCGCUUGGACCGGCGUAGCAUAUAUCCAAGGAAUGGCCUGAUGAAAUUGACAAUCAUAAACUGAUGGACUGAAUAUACUGACAAAGCAUAUUUCUAUCUGUGCUGUUGUUGUGAUUCAAAGUAGCCACGGGGUGAAACUGAAGUGAUCUUUGUCUUUCAGUUGAGCUAGUUUGCUUUGUUUUCUACAGCUGUUCAGUGAGAUUGCAUCUCAUGCCUGUAUGUUUUAUAUCGUAUAUAAAGAAACAAGGAAAGAGUA